CGCCAACGCCAUUGCUAUUGCCCUCCAGGUUUCACUCAGCAGCGCCCCAUAUCAAUCCCCAUCUGAAGCUCCAUCUGUCUGCAUAGACUUCAGCAAGCGCUCUUCCCCAGACUCUCUCGCCUGUCAGAGCAGUCAAAGAACUCUGCGCCUCCCUCUACGCAUCUGGUCUUGCCUGAACGCUUGUGAGGAUGCAGUCCGUCAAUCGGCUCCUCUUUGGGCCCACAAAGGAGGAGCGGGUGAAGCAAGUGCAAUCCCAGCUACGCUCCGAGCAACGUCAGCUUGACCGUGAGAUGCGCAACAUCGAUGCAUCCGUCAUCAAGGCCAAGGCCGAAGUGAAGCGUCUAGCAAAGAAGAAUGAUCUGAAAUCCGCCAAGAUCCUUGCUCGUGAAGUGGUCCGCUCAAAUGCCCAGCGCAAUCGUCUAGCUACCUCUAAGGCUCGUCUAAACUCCAUUGGCCUACAGUUGAAUCAUCAAAUGGCAAUGUACAAGGUGACGGGUGCAAUGGGUAAAUCGGCAGAGAUUAUGAAAAUGUCUAAUCAGCUUGUCAAAUUGCCAGAGAUGAGCGCGGCAAUGAGACAGAUGAGUGCAGAGAUGGUCAAGGCGGGGAUCAUGGAGGAGAUGAUGGAGGACACACUCGAUAGUGGAGUUCUUGGGGAGGAUGAGGAAGAGCUGGAAGAGGAAGCGCAGGGACAGGUGGAUAAGAUUCUCUUUGAGUUGACAGAUGGCAAGCUGGGACAAGCCUCAACCGAUCCUCUCCCCGAGUUGCAAGCUCCCGAAGUGGCACAAGAAGCAACUCCCUCGCGGCGAGAGGAAGAAGCAGACAUGGAACGCAUGCAAGCUGCUCUGGAUGGUCUUCUCAAGGGCUGAAGUCCUAGUGCUAACCCCCCUUGCUGCUAGUCCAAUUCCUCUUCCAUCUCCUCCGCAUCCUCUCCGAUACUCACUUCUGCCAUUGUCACUCUUCUUUUUCCUGCAUCUAGCUUCUGUACUGUACUUAUAGGCGCUCUCUAGAAUGAUACUUGCCAAUACCU